AUGAUUAAAUUAGUUGCUAGUAAAUCCAGAGUAGCACCGAUUAAAAGCUUGACGAUUCCCAGGCUAGAAUUGAACGCCGCAGUCUUGUUAUCAAAACUUAUGAAAAAAGUGAUGGCAGCAAUCAAAACGACAAAGACUAGUGUCUACUAUUGGUCGGAUUCUACUACUGUGCUUGCGUGGCUCCAGAAACAACCAAUAGAUUUAAAACAGUUCGUCCAAAGCAUAGUAGCGACGAUUCAAGAAAAUACAAGUACUAAACAGUGGCAUCAUGUAUCCUCAGAGCAAAAUCCAGCUGACAUCUUAUCUCGAGGUAUAGAUCCCUAG